UUGAGCUCGUCAUAUCUCAUUCGUCUUUGUCACACUCUCACUCACCCAACAUUUCAGUUGAGAGAAAAUAUGGCAGGAGAAGAUCAAGAAGAAGAAAAAUCAAAUCAAGAGGAAGAAGAAGAGGAAGACAAUACAAACCCAGAAGUAGAACACCACCAAACAAUCUCUUCUUAUAUUGGCCUAAGCUUUUGUCUGUUUUUGGCCUCUUUGCCUACCAAUUCCAUUUCUUUAGUACAAAAGCUUCAUUCUCAAAUCAGAGACCUUUCUUUACGCCUAUUUCAAGCUGAGGAGCAGCUAAAGCAAAUGAAAUCAAGAAGAAAAGAAGACUCCAAAGCCAAUGCAAGAGUUGUUGAGAUCUUUGCCAGCCACAGGAACGCAUGGCAGGCAGAGGAGAAGCGGCUACUUCACCAGAUCGACGCCGCCAGUGAAGAAAUGGCUUCGUUAAGAGCAAGAAUUCAAGAUUUAGAAGGAGAGAGAGAAGAGUGGAAUGGAAGAAUUCAAGAUUUGGAGAAAGAAGUUGGAGAGAGAGAAGAAAUGAUUGGGUUUAUGUCUAGAAGUGCUGCUGCUGAUUUUGCAGUUGAAGAAGAAGAGGAAGUAUCUGGGAUAUGUGGGAAGAGGGAGUAUUAUGGUGGAGAGGAGGAGAAUGUCAAUUUUGUUUACAGCCCACAGCAGCAGCAGCAACCUAUUAAUGGGGGUUUCAGUUCAGAUUUCAUGGCUUCUGCUUCUAAGUUCUGGUCUGAAAGAACUAAUCUUUGGCAGGAUAUGCAGUAUGAAUCUCUUGAGUCGCUCUAUCACAUGAAGCAUUUUGUGGCAAGAAGGGAGUCUCCAUGGAAGGUAGAUGGUGAAUCAACAGGAAUUUCCUCUAAAUUAAAAUUGCUUGAACAGGAACUCCUGAACUUGGAAGAAGUUGGCAAAACUGAUCUGUCGAAAGUUCCAUCGCUGAUGAGGAAGCAAGCAAAGAGAUGCCAAGCUCUUGCAGGGAAGAUUGAUGAUCUGUGCAGAAGAAUGCAAGCUAGUGAUCCCUGUGAACCCACACUCACUCCAGAGUUCCGUACACAAAGGCAAACAGAGUUUUUGCUUGAAGCAUUUCGACUUCAACAGCGGGCAUCUGAAACUGGACAAAAGCUGAUGGCAUUACAAACUGAGAUUGGGAAGAGUUACUAUGCUGAUGAUAGGGGGAGCCAAGCCAACCUAACCAUGAGACGUUCUUUCGACUCCAUUAGAAACAACUUAAAAGAAGUUCAAAGAAACUUGGAAAUAUGGUUGGCCAGAAUUAUCGGAGAUCUGGAAGGGAUUCUUGCCAGGGAUGGUGCUUCGCGUUCCAGAGACUAUUAUGUUUCUAGAUAUCCUUUUGUUCAAUAGAAACUUUUGACUCAGUAGCUUGAAAUCCUGAUCUAACCGCAAGUAUAUUAAAGCUCUUAUGGUAAAUAGCUGAUUUUGUCAUGUAAGCCUGUCGCAGCAGCUGGGCAUGGGCAUUGAAAUGUAACAAAUUCCACUAUAUGUCUAUGUUAGAAUUAAAAUUAUCUUCCAAUUGAAGUAUUAAUUA